GGUUCGAUACGCCCGAAUUGUACGGCUGGCUUCGACAGGCGGCGUUCAAGGCGGAGGGGGUUUGGCGAGCCUGCGUAUCAGAAUAAGCCAAUCAUCGGCAUUUGCAAUACUUGGAGCGAACUGACGCACUGCAACGCUCAUCUGCGCCAACUUGCUGAGGCUGUGAAGCGUGGUGUAUGGCAGGCCGGCGGCUUUCCAAUGGAGUUUCCCGUCAUGUCGCUGGGUGAGUACAACAUGCGCCCCACGACGAUGCUCUUCCGCAACCUCAUGAGCAUGGAUGUAGAGGAAUCCAUCAGGGCGAAUCCGCUUGACGGGGUCGUGCUGCUGGGCGGCUGCGACAAGACAACGCCCGCACUGCUAAUGGGUGCCGCAAGCGCGGACAUUCCUGCCAUUCUGGUCACCGGUGGACCGCAGCUCAAGGGCAAUUGGCGGGGUGAGGAGCUAGGUUCCUGCACGGACUGCCGCCGAUACCACACGGAGUUGCGAGCGGGUAGCAUCACAGAGGAACAGUGGGCAGAGCUACAAAAUUCGAUCGUUCGCAGCCCGGGCCACUGCAUGGUCAUGGGCACCGCCUCAACAAUGGCGUCUAUGGGAGAGUCGCUCGGUAUCGCGCUGCCCGGCAACGCCGCUAUACCUGCAGUCGAUUCGCGGCGUGCCCAACUAGCGGAGGCGUCCGGCAGGCAGAUAAUGGCGGCGGUAGAGCAGGACCUGCGACCAUCAAAGAUUAUGACGCAAGAGGCUUUCGAAAAUGCCAUUCGCACACUGCACGCGCUGGGCGGCUCUACCAACGCAAUCAUACACCUGACUGCGAUCGCCGGACGGCUUGGCAUAGAACUGCCGCUCACUCUGUUCGAUGAAUUGUCACGCACUACGCCGUUUAUUCUGAACCUGAAGCCGUCGGGCGAAUUCCUGAUGGAAGACUUUUUCUACGCCGGAGGCCUACCUGCUCUGCUGAGCGAGUUGCGCCCGCUGCUGCAUAUGGAUGCGAUGACGGUUACGGGCAGAACGCUCGGCGAAAAUGUGUCAGGCACGAUCAACCACAAUCCGGACCUGAUUCGCAGUCUGGACGAACCGCUGAACUCUGAGGGCGGGCUUGCGGUGGUCUAUGGCUCUCUUGCGCCAAGCGGCGCCGUUAUCAAGCCGACUGCAGCGUCUCCCGACCUACUGACGCAUCGUGGCCGGGCGCUCGUCUUCGACGACCAUGACGAUAUGGAACACCGCAUUGAUGUCCCGGACCUUGAUGUUAAUCCUGAGGACGUGCUUGUGAUGCGCAACGCUGGGCCGCAGGGCGGCCCUGGCAUGCCCGAAUGGGGAUUCCUGCCGCUGCCCAAAAAGCUGCUGCAGCGCGGAAUACGCGACAUGGUGCGCCUCAGCGACGCGCGCAUGAGUGGCACCGCAUUCGGCACCGUGGUAGUGCAUGUUACGCCCGAAUCAGCGUCUGGCAGUCCGCUCGCCGCAGUGCGGGACGGUGACAUCAUCGAGUUGGAUGUUGCCAACCGCAGGCUAGAUCUGAUGGUGGACGAAAGGGAAGUGCAGCGCAGGCUCGCAGAGGUCCCGCCGCAGAAGCCGCAUUUCACCAGGGGCUACGGCGCGAUGUAUUCGCAGCAUGUGAUGCAGGCCGACAAAGGAUGCGACUUCGACUUUCUGCGUGCGGAGGAGCUAGGAUGA